AUGCAUCUCCCUGUGGUUCUGCUUUGCGCCGUCUGCGCUGCAGCGUUGGCCGAGAACUCGGAUGAUUAUGAUCUCAUGUAUGUGAACAUGGAGAACGAAAUAUUCAACGGACUCCACCCCACUGAGGACCCCACGCCGUGCGACUGCAGCCGGGAGCACUCGGAGUGGGACAAGCUGUUCAUCAUGCUGGAGAACUCGCAGAUGCGCGAGGGCAUGCUGCUGCAGGCCACCGACGACUUGCUGCGCGGCGAGCUGCAGAGGCUGCGCGCGGAGCUGGGCCGGCUGGCCGGAGGCCUGGCGCGGCCGUGCCCCGCGGAGGCCCGGCUGGAGGGCGCGCUGGAUGAGCUGCUACAGGCGAGCCGCGACGCUGGCCGCAGGCUGGCGCGCCUGGAGGGCGCAGAGGCGCCGGGCGCACUGCUGGAGGAGCUGCGGCGGACGCAGGCCGAGCUGCGCGCCCUGCAGGGCUGGGCGGCCGGGCGCUGGCUGCCGGCAGGCUGUGAAACGGCGCUUUUAUUCCCCAUGCGUUCCAAGAAGAUCUUUGGAAGCGUGCACCCCGUGAGACCCAUGACGCUCGAGUCCCUCAGUGUGUGCAUCUGGGUCAAAGCCACAGAGGUACUGAACAAGACCGUGCUGUUCUCCUACGGCACCAAGAGGAGUCCCUACGAGAUCCAGCUGUACCUCAGCCCUGGGUCCACAGCGUUUGUGGUGGGCGGAGAGGAGAACACGCUGGUGGCCGACACCGCGGUCUCCCCGGGCAGGUGGACCCACCUGUGCGGCACCUGGACUUCCGCAGAUGGACGCGCGUCACUGUGGGUGGACGGCGAGCUGGUGGCAGCUGCGGCGGGGAAGGCCAGGGGCCACGUGGUCCCCGAGGGCGGCGCGCUGCAGCUGGGCCAGGAGAAGAACGGCUGCUGUGCCGGCGGCUUCGACGAGGCCCGGGCCUUUGCGGGCAGAGCGACGGCCUUGAACUUGUGGGACCGCGCGCUGCGCCCGGAGGAGGUGGCCGAGGCCGCGGGGCCCGAGUCCUGCAGCCGCCGGGGUAACGUGGUCGGGUGGGGCGUCACCGAGGUCCAGCCGCAUGGCGGGGCGCAGUACGUCUCCUAG